UGAAAUGACAAACAUACCCUCUGUUCUUACCCAUAUUGUCUUCUGUUUGUCCUAAUCAGCCAGCUGCAACUGCAGAAAACCUUCAAGAUCCAUUUAUUCUUCUUGUUUAACUAAUUUUCCAGCUAUAAUAAGCUGUUUAGCUUCAUGGGGUUUCUUCAAAAUCUUGAUUUUACUUCUUGAUUUAGAGAUAAAGAUUGUUUUUUUCUUUCUUUUUCUGUAUUUGGGUGUUUUAAUAGGGUUCUUGGUGUUCAUACUGAUGGUGAAAAAGUUAAAGUUCAGUUCUUGUGGCCAUAUGAGGUCAGAUUUGGUUAAAGAUUUGAACUUUGGCAAGAUGAAACAUUGUCACACUUGGGUUUUUCAUUCUUUUAAUGGGGUUCUUGUGAUUGGACCCUUAUUGUUGUUGUUUCUUGUGGCAAUAGGGUCUGGUUAUUUCUACAAUACAUAUUCUUUUCCAGAACCAAUUGUUCAUGAGAAUGAAAAUAGAACAAGUAACUUGAGUGGUAAAUGUAAUUUUUUUGAUGGAAAUUGGAUGCCUGAUGAAAGUUAUCCUUUGUACAAUGCAUCAGAAUGUCCUUUUGCUGAACAAGGUUUUAGUUGUUUAGCUAAUGGGAGGGAGGAUAAAGAGUAUCUUAAGUGGAGGUGGAAACCUAGGAAUUGUGAAAUUCCAAGGUUUGAUGUUCAUGAAAUCUUGGAAAAGUUAAGGGGGAAAAGGAUUGUCUUUGUUGGUGAUUCAUUAAGUAGAACUCAAUGGGAGUCUAUGAUAUGCAUAUUGAUGACUGGUGUUGAGGACAAAAAAAGUGUAUAUGAAGUCAAAGGAAGAAAGAUCACUAGACAGAUUAGGCAUUUACAAGUUCGAUUUAGUUCGUUUAAUUUUACAGUUGAGUUUUAUAGGUCAAUUUUCCUUGUACAGCCUGGUGCGCCACCAAAACGUUCACCAAAGAGGAUCAAGAAAGCACUAAUGCUUGAUAAGAUGGAUGAUAUAAGCAAAGAAUGGAUUCAAUCUGAUAUACUAAUCUUUAAUACCGGUCAUUGGUGGACUCCCACGAAGCUUUUUGAACUGGGCUGGUACUUCCAGAUUGAUGGAAAGAUGAAACUCGGAAUGACGAUAAAUGGCGCCUUCAAGCAAGCCUUAGCUACUUGGAAAUCUUGGGUUGAAAAGAAGGUCAACACUGAUAGGACACGUGUAUUCUUUCGGACUUUCGAAGCUACUCAUUGGAGUGACGAAUCCCGUGAUAUAUGCAAUGUGACACGACUGCCUUGGUCGGAAACCAACGGAAAGGAUGAGAAUCUGUUUUCAGACAUGAUUAUUGACACUCUGAGAAAUGUAUCCAACCCCGUGACAUUACUGCAUGUCACUCCGAUGGGGGCAUACCGGAGCGAUGCACAUGUUGGUACUUGGAGUGAUAAUCCAUUAGUGCCUGAUUGCAGCCAUUACUGCUUACCUGGUGUGCCUGAUAUGUGGAAUGAACUGCUUUUCACCUUCCUGUUCUCGGAUCAGCAAUAUCAGAUAUAUUAGCUUCACGGAUAUACAAGUCUUAUUCGACUUGUUUAACCAUUAACACAAAUACAUCGUCGUUUUUGUCUUGAACUUUCCAAGGAUAUCGUCUCGUUGCAAAUUUCCAA